UCGCAUACUAACACUUCUCCAGUUUCAUGGAACAAUGACAUCUUAUUGCCUUAUUGAAUUUUGACCAUCUAUUCUUCGUGGUUAGAGUUGCACAUGUGGAUCUGAGAUUCCUCGAAAAAUUGAUGCUGUCUUCCAUAUCUGGCAAAGCAUGUCGAACAUACGACCCAUGUUUAAUGUCGUUGUCUAGACAACUAUCUACAAAGCCCCACACAACUACAACUUAGGCAUCUUACCAAGGCCCCUUGUCCUACUACUUUCUACGAUAUGAGCAACCCGAACGAUGAGACCCCACUGAUGGGAUCAAAUGGCAAGAGGCAGUAUAAACCGCGUCUCAAAACCGCGACAACGCCUGAGGUCGACACGCUCCGGAGGUCACAGCGCCGCCCCAUCACACCCGCCGAAGCCGACGCCGCCACCGCUGCCGCCUUUGUUGACGCCGUCGCUGCCACCAAGGCGUGGGCCGAGAGGAAGGCUAGGGAGAAGGCGAAGGGGAAGGCGGCGGCGGCGGCGGCGGAGGAGGAGGAGGAGCCGUCAGAGCCCCAGCCUCUCCCGGCGCGCAUGGCGAGGCUGGGCCCGGGCCAGGGGCUAGGGUGCGAGGCGGCGGUGGGGUCGCUGACGCCCAGCCGGAGCCGGGAGUACAAGCUCUGCAGCAAGCACACCGAGGGCAAGCGCCCGCUCUACGCCAUCGGUUUCAAUUUCAUCGACGCCCGCUACUACGACGUCUUUGCCACCGUCGGCGGCAAUCGUGUGACGACGUACCGUGGCCUCCCCGACGGUAACUUGGCUGUUCUUCAAGCAUACAUUGAUGGGGACAAUGCUCAGUCAUUCUACACCCUGAGCUGGGCUUGUGACCUUGACGGCACACCACUGCUAGUGGCAGCAGGAAGCAAUGCGGUCAUUCGGGUCAUCAACUGUGCCACCGAGAAGUUGUUUAAGACUUUUCUUGGCCAUGGUGAUUCAAUAAAUGAGAUAAGAACUCAACCAUUGAAGCCUUCACUCUUCAUUUCUGCAAGCAAGGACGAGUCUGUUAGGUUAUGGAAUGUCCAUACAGGGAUCUGCAUUUUGAUUUUUGCUGGAGGAGGAGGUCACCGUAAUGAAGUAUUGAGUGUUGACUUCCACCCUUCUGAUAUCUACCGAAUUGCCAGUUGUGGCAUGGAUAAUACUGUUAAAAUCUGGUCAAUGAAAGAAUUUUGGCCAUACGUGGAGAAAUCCUUUACAUGGACUGACCUUCCAUCAAAAUUUCCAACAAAAUAUGUCCAAUUUCCACUUAUGACUUCCGUGGUGCAUUCUAACUAUGUUGACUGUACUAGGUGGCUUGGUGACUUCAUCCUGUCGAAGAGUGUUGACAAUGAAAUUGUUCUGUGGGAGCCAAAAACAAAAGAACAGGGUGCCGCAGAGGGUAGCAUUGAUGUCCUUCAGAAGUACCCUGUGCCCGAUUGUGACAUUUGGUUUAUCAAAUUCUCAUGUGAUUUUCACUUCAAUCAAUUAGCAAUAGGCAACCGCGAAGGCAAAAUCUAUGUGUGGGAAGUGCAGACGAGCCCUCCUGUGCUAAUUACCCGGCUGAGUAGUCCGCAAUGCAAAAUGCCAAUAAGGCAGACUGCAGUGUCGUUUGAUGGAAGCACGAUCCUGGCCUGCGGGGAGGAUGGCAGCAUAUACCGCUGGGAUGAAGUGGAACAUCAAUCUGUGAAAAAUUGAAGGAAGCAAAAACCGCCGUGCCGUGCCAUGGCAAUGCCAGCCAGUUUGAACUUGACUUGGGGAGUUGUUGUGUGCUUACUUAGUCGGUUGUACCCAUUAGCCUUACUUAGCCUGUGACGCCAGAAGCUGGGGUGAAUGAGCUUAUAAUGUCGUAAGUUAGGAUGUUGUUGAUUCUAUGAUUUGCUGGAUGUUUCAGUUUGUUACGUUGGCUCUAUCAUGUACCGACUGUGGGAAUUAUACUUAAAACCUUGUUGCUACUA